AUGUGGAUAACGUACUUCAGCCUGUGGUAUUACAACAAACAGAACCAGCAGAGAUGGAUUGAUCUGGAGAAGCCGCUGAAGAAGCAGCUGGACAAGUACGGACUGGAGCCCACCGUUUACUUUGGGGUGGUGUUUUACGUCUGCACCGUCACCCAGCUACAACAAGAGAUAACCAGAUAUCAGUAUUAUCUGCAGCUGAAGAAAGACGUUCUGGAGGGAAAGAUCCCCUGCUCUAUUGAGCAAGCCAUUCAUCUGGCCAGCCUGGCUGUGCAAGCUGACCUCGGAGACUUCAAUCGAUAUGAUUCCCAGGAGUUCCUUCAAAAAAUCGUGCUUUUUCCAAUGCCAUGGAUACAAGACGAGAGGGUUGUGGAAGAAGCCACUCAGAAAGUCACCAUGCUCUAUCAGAACUAUCGAGGUCUUUCUGCACCAGAGGCUGAGUUACUGUACAUGCAGGAGGUGGAGAAGAUUGAGGGCUACGGCGAGGAGAGCAUCCAAGCCAAGGACUCUCAGGCCACAGACGUGAUCAUCGGCUCCUGUCUGGAUGAUUUUGUCAAGCACAAAAAUGGGAAAGCUCCUCUCAUGUUUCGGUGGAAUGACAUUAAUAAUAUGACUCAUAAUAGGUCCUUCUUUGCCCUGGAGCUCGCUAACAAAGAAGACACAAUCCAGUUCCAGACCGAGGACAUGGAGACGUCCAAAUAUGUGUGCAGAAUGUGGCUGGCGAGGCACAAGUUUUACAAGAUUAACAACAGCAGUCUAGAGCCGGCUUGUGGCCCGAACUGUGAGGGCCCUCAAAGGUCCAUUCUCUCUCUUUCAUUUCCUCGCUUUCCAGCCCUCUCUCGUCUCUCUGUGCCGGCUGAUAAAGGACAAACUCAGCCAGCUCCUGUAAACCCAGUGAGGCGACGGUCCUCCACAAGAAUGUCUCUGCCAAAACCACAGCCCUACAUGAUGCCACCUCAGAUGCACUUUAACGGCCACUAUAACGAACCAUACACGUCUUCACAAGAUAAUCUCUACAUCAACAACCAGAAUGGUUUCUACUACCAUUCCCAAACCAGCCUGGACCGCUCUCCACACGAGUACAACGGGCGGAUCCGAAACGGCAGCGUUUACAGCGCGCAGAGCACCAGCUCCCUGAACAAUCCACAACACUACCUGCAGCCGUCGCCGAUGUCCUCCAACCCCAGCAUCACAGGAAGUGACCUCAUGCGUCCUGACUAUGUGCCCUCCCACCGGCACAGCGCCCUGAUCCCGCCGUCCUACCGCGCCACGCCAGAUUACGAAACCGUGAUGCGUCAAAAAAACAUGAUCCCGCCUGCAGAGCGCCAGAGCCACUCCAUGAGGAAUCUAAAUAUCGGAAACUCAUACGCUUACAGCCGACCUGAUCCGCUAGUGUACAGCCAACCGGAAAUUCGAGAGCAUGGCGCGGGACAAUAUCCGUUCCACCUUAAUUACAGCUUCCACAGUCCUUCUCCAUACCCCUAUCCCACUGAGAGACGGCCCGUAGUGGGCGCUGUAAGCGUUCCCGAACUCACCAACGUCCAGCUACAGCAGGCGCAGGAAUAUCCACCGCCGAACAUCAUCAGGAAUCAGGUGUACUGGCCUCCGCCGCCGUAUCCGUACCCUCAUCCUCGACCCGCCAACAGCACCCCGGAUCUGUCCCGACACCUGUACGUCAGCAGCAGUAACCCGGAUCUGAUAACGCGCCGUGUGCAUCACUCAGUGCAGACCUUUCAAGAGGACAGUCUGCCGGUGGCGCACUCGCUGCAGGAGGUUAGCGAACCACUAGUCACCGCACGCCGUCCACACAUGCACAAACGCAACUCCAUCGAGAUUGCAGGACUGGCGUACGGACUGGAGAACAUGAGGCUCAAGGAGAGGAAGGUAUCUGCAUCAGCAGCCGAUACCCCGCCCCCUGUUGCUGCGGCGGUGCCCCAUGCAUCAUCCGGCUCCGACAUCAAUGUGGUCCUGGAAGUGUCAAAACCAGAAGACGUAGGCAUCAAAGAGGAUGUUUUCUACGGCCACAAGAAAUCUUUGUCGGACGCCACCAUGCUGGUGCACAGCAGCGGAGAGGAAGAGGAGUUUGAGGACGACAGCGGCAGACACACACCACAGUCUCAGGAUGCAGUGAGUGGCCCAGAGCACCCCAUGACUUCGCUGGGACGCUCGCUCGGAGAUCCUCCUGCUUAUCCCUUCAGCCACAGUAUGGAGACGGUGCUGACGAGUCCUCCGGCCUACCAGGCGCAUUCCAUCGUGCAGAAAGCAGAGGAUGUGGGGCAGCUGCCGCCUCUGAGGGAGCCCGGACUCAUGAUGCCCUCAGUGUCAGAGGGAGAUUUGAGCGGACGCUUGAGGAAAAGUAGAGACAUCUCGAAAAGACCUGUGUCUGACGUGCCUCCAGGCAGGAGGAACAUCGAUGGGCUGCCACCCGCGGGAAUGAAGAAAGGACGCUCGGAGGUGAAAAAGGUCGGUCCGCUGAAGCUGGCAGCUCUAAACGGUUUGACCCUGUCCAGGAUUCCUCUGCCGGAUGAUGGAAAGGACGACCCGGAGAGUGCCUCUAAUGAUGAACGGUGCAAGUUUCUGGAGCAGCGUUUGGAUCAGGGGAUGGUAUUCACGGAGUACGAGCAGGUGCCCAAGAAACGACCCAACAGUGAGUACAGCAUCGCUCAGAUGCCCGAAAACAAUGACAGAAAUCGCUUUCAGGACGUCCUGCCCUACGACGACACUCGUGUGGAGCUGGUGCCCACAAAAGAGAACAACACGGGCUACAUCAACGCCUCGCACAUAAGGGUGACGGUCAGAGGUAAAGAGUGGAGUUAUAUUGCGUCUCAGGGUCCACUUUCCAGCACCUGUCAGGAUUUCUGGCAGAUGGUUUGGGAACAAGGAGUCGCCAUCAUCGCAAUGGUUACAGCAGAGGAGGAAGGAGGCCGUGAGAAGAGUUUCCGUUACUGGCCUCGUCUGGGCUCUCGACACAACACUGUUACAUACGGACGCUUCAAGAUCACAACGCGCUUCCGCACAGACUCGGGCUGCUACGCCACCACCGGCCUGAAGAUCAAGCAUCUGCUGACGGGGCAGGAGAGGACCGUCUGGCACCUGCAGUACACCGACUGGCCCGACCACGGCUGCCCCGAGGACUUUAAAGGCUUUCUCUCGUAUUUGGAGGAGAUCCAGUCUGUGAGGCGACACACCAACAGCUCCAGCGACCCAAAGAACACAAACCUGCCGGUGCUGGUGCACUGCAGCGCGGGCGUGGGACGCACCGGUGUGGUCAUCCUGUCCGAGAUCAUGAUCGCCUGUCUGGAGCACAAUGAGAUGCUGGACGUCCCGACGGUUCUGAACCUGCUCCGGCAGCAGCGCAUGAUGAUGGUACAGACACUCUCACAAUACACCUUCAUCUACAAAGUCCUCAUUCAGUUUCUGAAAAACUCCAGACUGAUCUAAGAGCAGCGUUUCCUCCGUCCCAUGAUCCUCUCUGGGCCCGUGAGUCCCUCCUGGAGCCCGAACGCACCAGAGUGAGGCUCGAAAAAAUACGGGCAAGUAUGAAGGACGCUGCGCCGCGCUCCAUUUUUUACAGUAUUAUUCACACGGAUGUCAGUCCCAGCACUUUUACUCCGCUGUACAUAGACAUGCUGCAGCUCUGAUAUUUAAUAUACAUGCAGACUGCUUCUUUAUACCCGGUCUUGUGGAUUUUACUAGUUUACGCAUGAAGGUUUUAGCGAGCGGACAGUGUUUGAAGACGUGUGUGUGUGUGUGUGUGUGUGUGUGUGCGGGUUUGACUUCAGUUUGCAAGGCUUUGGGUGAAUCUCAUGAAAAGACGGAUGAUUAAAUGAAGAAAAGGUUUAGUGGAAAGUGUAUGUUUAUUUAUUUAUUUUUUAAACUAAAUGGUCAAUUAAGUGGUAAAUCUACUUAGUUUUAUCAUGAUAAUAGUGUCAAAAUGCACGUUUAGGGAUAAAUGUGCUUGGUUUAAUGGAAAUUAAGCUAAAAUGCCAAACUUAUUGGCAAAUGAGCGACUUUUCAAGAAAAUAAAGGCAAUUAUGCACACACAAUGAUUGUGAACAU